GGAACACGCCGGGAGGGACUUUCGAGCGCCUCGGGCCGAAGCCGCUGCCGGUCAAGAAACCGCCAUGAAGUUUCGCGCCAAGAUCGUGGACCUGGCUUGUCUGAAUCACUUCACACGAGUCAGUAACAUGAUAGCCAAACUUGCCAAAACCUGUACCCUCCGCAUCAGCCCUGAGAAGCUGAACUUCAUCCUUUCUGACAAGCUGGCCAGUGGUGGGGUGAGCAUGUGGUGUGAGCUGGAACAGGAGAACAUUUUUAGUGAAUUUCAGAUGGAAGGAGUCUCUGCAGAAAACAAUGAGAUUUAUUUAGAAUUAACGUCAGAAAACUUAUCUCGAGCCUUGAAGACUGCCCAGAACGCCAGAGCUUUGAAAAUCAAGCUGACUAACAAACACUUUCCCUGUCUUACGGUGUCUGUAGAGCUGCAGUUGUCCUCAUCCAGCAGUAGUAGAAUUGUGACCCAUGAUAUCCCCAUAAAGGUGAUUCCUAGAAGAUUGUGGAAAGACUUACAAGAACCCUCUGUCCCAGACUCUGAUGUCAGUAUUUAUUUACCAGCCUUGAAGACAAUGAAGAGUGUUGUGGAGAAAAUGAAAAAUAUCAGCAAUCAUCUGGUUAUUGAAGCAAACCUAAACGGAGAUCUGAACCUAAAGAUAGAAACUGAGUUGGUAUGUGUGACAACUCAUUUUAAGGAUCUUGGAAACCCUGUAUUACCCUCUGAGAGCGUCUCUCAAAACAGACACCCAGAAGACAUGGUCGAGGUGCACAUCGACAUAAGGAAACUCCUCCAGUUCCUUGCAGGACAGCAAGUGACUCCCACGAAGGCUGUGUGCAAUAUUGUGAGUAACAGGAUGGUUCAUUUCGAUUUGCUUCUGGACGACAUCUCCCUUCAGUAUUUCAUCCCAGCCUGGUCCUAGCGGCAUCUCAGCAGACUUAGGGACGCAGAGACCUCUGUCGUGAUGAGAGAAGCCCUGGAUGGUGUGCAGGGCAGCUGCCCGUCCUCAGUCCUCACAACACCACAGGCUUGCACUCCGCUCUUUCUCUCCAUGCUGCCGUAGGUACAAGUGCAAUUAAUGAAGCACAGUUAGAUAAUCAUUCCUUCAUAUUUCUCAAGACCAGCACUUGUCCCCUUAUCCCCUGGAUCUAAGACAUGAGGAAGAAAAGACGGAAUUUUUUUUCAAGGGUCUUUUGUUGUUUUGUUUUCCUUUGGUGUUAGAGAUGAGAUCAGGGCCUUCUCUGUGCUAAGCAUGUGCUCUGCCACUGAGUUGCUCCCUAGCCUAUCUAAAGUGUGAGUAGCAGUUUGUCACUGAUGUUUCAAGCUCAUCGUGUGUAUAGCAUUGGUGUUGCAGUCAGAAUUCACAGCAAUACUACUCAGCUAGUUCCCAGCUUAGUCCCUGAAAUGCUGCAGUUGUCUGCUUUCAGGUUUUCAGCAUGCUCAUCUCUCCCAACCGCCAUGUCUGGGAGCUCAGUGCAAACCAUGCAACCCCUCUGUCCCUGGCAGCAUGCCUGGUUUCUCACCAAUACAGCUACGACAUGUGGAACCUUGCCCAACUUACUGAAGGUUCAAGUUCACUUCCUUCUCACUGCCUGAAGAACCUCUCAGCCUGGGGAACCUGUAGAGCCUCACAGCCUAGGGAACCUGCAGAACCUCUCCUCUCAACCUGGGGAACCUGCAGAAUCUCUCAGCCUGGGGAACCUGCAGAAUUUCAUAGCCUGGGGAACCUGCAGAACCUCACAGCCUGGGGAACCUGCAGAACCUCUCAGCCUGGGGAACCUGCCGCUAGGGAGCCUGAGAUCCUGAAGACUAGCAAACAGUUUCCAUCUUGAACUUCUUUUUCUGUAUACUUUUCUCUUGAGCCCACUUUGAUUUUAAGUUAUAACUUAUUUGACUUUUUUGUAGUGCUGAGGAUCAAAUCCAGGAAUGGAAACAUGUUAGACAGACAAGCCCUCUAUGCCAAACUGUAUCCCUAGUCAUCUAAAUCAUAAUUUUGUAUUAUUCUUUUACAGUUUCAGAGUCACCUUUCUCUUAAGCACGUUGUGUUUUGCAUAAAGCAGCUGAAGCUUGGCCAUCAUAGGCAAGGCUGUGUUCUGCUCCUGUUUUGGAGCUGGCUCAGCCUGGAGGUUGUACUUCCUCCAAAAACACCCUAGCAGGCUUCCUGAUUUAACUAGGUGUCAGGUGUCCCAUGAAGUGGCAUCAGAAACUGUUUCCAUGUCAGAGUUAAGAUCUAAGUUGCUAGGAUAAGAUUUUAAAAAGGCGUGCGAAGUAUUUAGGGAAAGUAUUGUUUCUUAAGCGCUGCUAGGAUAAUAUAUUUGUUGCUGUUUUAGUUUUUAGUAGACAGGUUCUCGUGUAGUUUAAGGUGGCCUUAGAUGAGCUGGAGCUAAUAUUGGCCUUGAACUGCUGAGCCUCCCACUCCCCAGGUGUUUAGAUGACAGAUAUGAGCCGCCAUGCCUCUAGCUCUACUGAUAUUUAAUAAGAUAGAUUUAGUUAAACUAACAUUUUAAAAUUAAAGAUUUUUUUUACAUUGUUAAAGCGUUUCUUCGGUUCAUAAUGAGAGGCAGUCCAGGUGCCAUGAUAUAGCCUCAAAAUCAUGAUGCAAAUGAAAUUUCAGGAAGUUCCCUAUGAAGCUUCUUUUUCUGUCUAAGUGUCAGUGCUCACUUGUCUCUGAGGUCCCCACUGUGCCACAUGCUGUUGGUGAUGACUUUGCUUAGUAACUUAACAUGGGCGAGAAGAAGCCCUCACUGGCAGUCAGGGGGCUGUGGUCUUUCUGGUUCUUGUCACAACUUUCUGUAUAGUGUUCAUAGCUGUAUCUCACAGAUCUGAAGUCAAAGCAGGGAGCUCAGAGUGGGGUUAUGGGAAUUUUGGAGCUACUUUGUGGAACCUCGUCCUGAGGUGAGAGCAGAGUUUUGCUAUGUAUAGAAGCAUGGUGUCUGAGGCUUGGAGGCAUUUCCCCUUACUCUGAUUGCCUAAGAAUGCUUUCCUGAAUGUUAGAACCAGUGAGGUACCCCCUGAUCUUGCCUGCCAGAGCUCAGAACCCACAUCCCUGGUAACCAUGCCUUGAACUGAGAUUUAAGACCAUCCUAACUAUGGGUCAAAAAUGCACAAUUCUUAAUGUAGCCAUUUUUGCCAAUGUCCAAGCAGCCUUUUCAAUCCUGUGGGCAUGUCCUGGUCCAGCAAGGACCUUCCUACCCAUCAGGUCUCCAGACUGAGUGUGUCCUGCCCUGCAUCCUGCUACAAAGAAACCUGCUCUUGGAAGCCUGAAAGGCAGUUCAACAUUAGUUUUGACUUGAGGCAGGAAUACUGGUUCUUCUACCAGAUGCAGUGGCCGAUGACAUAUCGGUAAAUGUCACCCAGUUGGUCAAGUGUCUUGUUUUUAAGAGACAAAAUUCUGUACUUUUUUAUUUUAAAGAUGUUGGGAUAUCAAAGUGCACAGCCUAGAGGUUCUUCCUUGAUGGUUCAGUCACGUAGUCACCCCACCUUUCACUCUGUGCUUUCCUCCUGGACUACUUAUUCUUUCCUCUCUGUUUCCAUACUUACUGGUUCUGGACAGCUUUCUAAACUCCUCCCCAGGUGCCCAGGCCUCUGGUAAUGACCAUCCUUUACUUUUGCUGUGAGGGCCCAAUGUGAGGUUCUUGACUCUCGUGGUUCUGUAUCAGUGUCUGUAUAUUGAGUACAUACAUACCUUAGCCUUCACAGCAUGGCUUUGCCCAUGGCCAUCUUUGUAUAGUGAGUCUGUCUAGAAAUUCUGUAUGGCCUUCAUGCGCUGCAACCAUUGCAAAGCUUGAUGGCAUUGCCAUUUCCACGAGGGUGGACUUCUGCAUUCAGACUUUGAUGGCUGUGAGGCUCAUCCCUCCCCCCCUUUUUUUUCCUUUUAAUGGCCCUGAGUAGUCUAGCUCGGCUCUGCUCACACUGUCCCAUGUGAAGAUACCAGACCCAAGCAAGUCUCAUACAAAGUCUCAGAAUGUGGGGGAGCAAAAUGCCCAGCUCCCACCUAUUUUUUCCACUGUAGAAUCAAAUACAGGGACUUUCUCUAUAUGUGGUCCUGUGAGCUUGGUAGGGCAGUCUUAGAAUUACCUUGCCUGUCUUUCUGCUCAUGGUUUUGCAUUUCUCUGUGGCCCAGUGGGUACCACAACUUCACUUUGGCAUUCAGGGGAUUCAGGGUGAUGACCUUGCUCUAGUUGGAUUAUGUGACAACAUGGAGAAGUCCUAGAUUUCUGCUCCGCCAUUUUACUAAUGCCACACUCCAACUCUGUGCUUCUGUGUGGAUUCUGAUGGGGAAUCUCAAAGGGAGCCUGGGCUUGUGGGUUUUCUCUAAGCAGUGUUCAACUAGGGGGUGAUAAAUUAGGGUCACUUGCACAUUAGGGAGUGUGCAUGCAGUUUGCUGUCUACUAUCUGGGAAAACUUGAAACUGCUCCCUUUGAUUAAUACUUAUGCUCGUAAGACUUCUUACACAUGUUAUAGUCAAAGCUGAGCACUGUUAUAAAUUAAGGAUUUCUUAAUGUGAAUGACUGGGGAAUUGGCAGGUGAUCUGAUCUGUGUGAUGCAAUGUCAUUUCCUAAUGCUACAGGACAAAGCACUAUAUGUAUGGUAACAAAGCCAGUGGGAUGUUGGUGUUCAGUGUGGCAAAGAAGACCAGGAAGUGUACAUCUAAACCCAGCUAGCUCUGGGUGGUUUUUAUUUCAACGUUUUUAUAUGUGUAUGUUUUCUGGCAAUUUUGUAACCAACUUUGUAAUGAAAAUAUUUUUAUAGACUUAAAUAAAUAUUUAUUAUUUGACUAUUA